AUGGGAAGCAGAUGGGAAGAGUUCAUCUCUGCAGGAGCAUUAAACACUCUGAAGGAGGCCAAGUGGAAUAUGCCACAGGUGUUACCAUUCAACCAAGAUGUGAAGCUCUUGAACUUUCAUAUGGAGAACCAGCAAAUUGUGUUGGAGAGAAUCUCCCCGACUCAUGAAAACUAUGCUGCCCUGGCUAAGUUGACACUGGCUUUAGCCAUUACAUUUAACAGGAGAAGAGCAGGAGAGGUAUCACGGAUGUUACUGACUGCCUUUAGGACCCAGAACAAGUCAACGUUGCACGUAGACCUGGCUAUCUGCUUGACUCCAUUCGAGAGGAAGAUGUGUGAGUUCUUCACUCCAGUGGAGAUCCGAGGGAAAC